UCCCGGCCGCGUCUCCUGACGCUCCUGAUGGGCGGGGCAUCGUCAGCGGCGUCGCGGUGUGGAGGUCCUGUAGUAACAUCGUAGCCACGGACACGGAGUGUUGCUUCCAAUUAGCCCCGAGACAGCAGCACCGACCGGAGGGCAGCAGCAGGGGCUUGUGGAUAAGAUGGCGGAUGUAGAGAGCGAUGAAACGCGGUCGGCUCUCCCUUCGGCAUCCCAUAACGGCCCCGUGGUCGCCGUGUCUCCGGGCACCGAGGGCCUCAGCAGCCCGACGACAGUGACGUCCGGUCCGCGGAUGGUGCGGAUAGUCAAGUCCGAGUCCGGCUACGGUUUCAAUGUCCGCGGCCAGGUUAGCGAAGGAGGGCAGCUGCGGAGCAUCAACGGAGAGCUGUACGCUCCUCUCCAGCAUGUCAGCGCCGUCCUGCCCGGUGGCGCUGCGGACCGAGCGGGCAUAGCGAAGGGUGACCGGAUCCUGGAGGUUAACGGGGUCAGCGUGGAGGGCGCCACCCACAAACAAGUGGUGGAUCUGAUCCGCGCCGGUGAGAAGGAGCUGGUCCUGGCGGUGCUCUCGGUGCCGCCGCAGGAGGUAGACUGUCUAGAGGGAGGCGAGGACGUCCAGCCCAACUACGACUACAGCGACAAGCAGGCCGUGCCCAUCUCCAUCCCCACGUACAAACAUGUAGAGCAGCACUCGGAGAGGUUUGUGGUAUACAACGUGUACAUGUCAGGCAGACAGCUGUGCUCCAAACGCUACCGGGAGUUUGCCAUCCUCCACCAGAACCUGAAGAGGGAGUUUUCCAACUUCAACUUCCCCAAGCUCCCAGGGAAGUGGCCUUUCUCCCUGUCCGAGCAGCAGCUGGACGCUCGGCGCAGAGGGCUGGAGGAAUACAUUGAGCGAGUGUGUUCUGUCCGGGUGAUCGGGGAAAGUGACAUCAUGCAGGAGUUUCUCUCGGAAUCAGAUGAGAACUACAACGGUGUGACGGAUGUGGAGCUACGGAUCGCGCUGUCAGACAAAACCACUAUCUCUGUCAGAGUGCGAAAGAACAGCACCACGGACCAAGUUUAUCAGGCGUUAGUGGUGAAGGUGGGAAUGGACAGUAUUAUGGCCAGCUACUUUGCCCUGUUUGAGGUCAUCAACCACUCAUUUGUGCGGAAGCUGGCACCCAACGAGUUCCCACACAAGCUUUACGUGCAGAAUUACACGUCGGCCGUGCCGGGCACUUGUCUGGCGCUCCGCAAAUGGCUCUUCAGCUUCCAGGAGGAAGAGUUGCUCAGAGACAACCCGCUGGCUCUGCACUACUGCUUUCACCAGGCGCUGGAUGAUGUGAAGAAGGGAUUCAUAAAAACGGAGGACAAAUCCUACCAGCUGCAAAAGCUGGCAGAGCAGCGCAAGAUGGCCACGUACCUGAGCCAGCUGCGCUCUUGUGAGGGCUACAACGAGGUGGUUUUCCCCCACUGCUCGUGCGACUCCAGGAGGAAGGGCCACGUCAUCACGGCCAUCAGCAUUCAUCACUUUAAGUUGCACGCUUGCACGGAGGACGGCACGCUGGAGAACCAGGUGAUAGUGUUUGAGUGGGGGGAGAUGCAGCGCUGGGACACGGACGAGGAGGGAAUGGCCUUCUGCUUCGAGUACGCCCGGGGAGAGAAGAAGCCUCGCUGGGUGAAGAUUUUCACUCCAUAUUUCAACUACAUGCAUGAGUGCUUUGAGCGAGUCUUCUGCGAGCUGAAGUGGAGGAAACAGGUUGAGGAGGAGGCUUCUGAUAAAGACAACAAAAACUGCAGCAACAACGAAUAUCUGCCGCCUCUGGAGACGCAGCAGAAGGGAUGGCGCCACCUAGGGGGGGAGAUCGCCACUUCCUAAAAAAUACAAAAAAAACACUCAUUCUGAACUCGGAACUGAUAUCCACUCGCAUCGUCACACCCCGGAGAGCGCGCCCCUCCAUCGACCACAGCAGAACUUGAGGGACACAAGGAUGCGGUUCACGGCCCUUCCCCGCCCCUAUGAAAACACUCAUACUUGGAUCGACCAGUUUUGGGAGAGUUUGGAAGAGUCACACCAUUAAAACAAAACCCAGGGAUACUCACCAAGACGAGCGAUGAAGGGAAGUAGUAGGCUUUCAUUUCAUUCACCAGGUCUACAUAGUGUGUCUGUGAGAUGCUCCUCCUCAUGCAAGCGGCCUGUGGCGUUAAAAAAAAAAAAAAUCACGCUCAUCCACCAUGCUUGACCCCCUGAAAAUGGGACUGGCGGGUUGUGCUCGGCAUUGAGACAAAGUGGGAGAACCGGACAAAGGGGAAGGAAAGUGUGGGCAGAAAAAAAAGACUACCUUUUCUCGAGUCGAAAGAUGCAACAUUGAUGCUGGACAUGAAGACUGAUAACGUGUUUUCUAUUUGCGGGGGUCUGUGUUUUGUUUCUCUUACCUGUCCAAAAACACAGGUGACACAAAAUGUAAACUCACUGUCCUAUUGUUGUGUAUGUUUAACAAGCCUUUUUCUGAUCAAAUAUAGAUUAAUAUAAGAGCUAUAAUAAGUGAUUCAUUCAUCUAACAUGCAUUUGCAACCCAGAGGUGUUCCGUAUCUCCAUUUAUCGUGUCAUAUUUUGGUCGGAAUCUCAUUAUGGCUAGUAAGACAUGGCAGAUUAUCAGAUUUGCAUAAUUACAAAAAUGUUUAGAAAUUAUUUUCAAUUGCUGCUGUUCUCUAAAUGGACAGCAGAGGGAAGCAGAUUGCUGUUGGCGUCCGAUUGAUUGGUGUGUGUGUGUGUGUGUGUGUGUGUGUGUGUGUGUGUGUGUGUGUGUGUGUGUGUGUGUGUGUGUGUGUGUGUGUGUGUGUGUGUGUGUGUGUGUGUGUGUGUGUGUGUGUGUGUGUGUGUGUGUGUGUGUGUGUGUGUGUGUGUGUGUGUGUGUGUGUGUGUGUGCGUGUGUAAGCUAUCCCCAAGGCUGUGUUACUCAACUAGCAAAGUGUACCUCCUCUGCAGAAGGUCCAUUAACAAUGUCGCAAAGUGUGUGUGUGCAUGUGCGCCAGCUGUCUGCCUUAUGUCACAGUAUUAAUUGUUUUUUCACUAUAUUACCGUAUAUAUUUUUUGUUAAGUAGGUUUACAUCUUGAACUAACCUUAUGCAUUAAAGUCAGAGGUCUGAAUGUUUAAUUGCCGAUUGCCGAACCUGAAAGUAGUAAUGAUCCGGUAUGUUUUAUUUAAUUCAAAGUAACUUUAUAAGAAUGCAGAUUCAACCACUUGAACACACGUUCAAGUUCCAAUAUGUUGCGUGAUUGUGCAUGUCUUACGUAAGAGGCAGGUAAUUGUUUUGUCUUUGGACGAAUGAACACUAAGAAGGGCGGUUGUCCUGUUGUUGUUUUUUUAACUGUUGUGUGCAGCAUAUCACUGCGCUCCCGUAGCACAAAAUGGUGCACGCUUGUCUCGUUAUUUUGUGGUUUGACAAAAUUGCGUGUGCAGGAUUAGUGUCCGUCUUUUGCAGCAUCCUGGGCACAAGCCCCUGUUACUUAGCAGUCUGUGAUUGCAUGAUUUAGCUUAAUAGACUUUUGGACUAAACUUCGUCCUUAUAUGGUGGUGUUUAUUUACUCAACUGCAAAGACUGCCAGGUUUUUGCAAGGAGGCCUUUAUAUGUUCAAAUGCAUUUUCAUAAUUCCCCUUUAAAUAAUUAAAUCUAAUUUACUUAAACAUCUCAAAUAUGAAUAGUGUUUUUAAAGUUAAAUAAAUAUGCAAUAUCUAUUUUAGUUUGAUGAAUUUUUUCAAUCCCAAAUUCUUUUAGGAUUGAAAUGUUCCGCAGCCAUGUUUGCUGUCCACUGGUGUGUCAAAAGUCAUGCAACAGCUAAUUACCAGCACAACCUUGUUAUUACAAAUUUAUGGCCACUGCUUGUUCAAAUUGGGCAACGAGCAUUUCAAUUAAUUGUGGCUUGAUGUCUUAUCACAGCAGAGGCAACUUUACGAAGAAAUACAGUAUUUUAGCUUGUGUUUGCACCUUCCUCCUCAGGUUGGUGUCCCAUCAUUAUAGCACUGGGAUACGGUUGCCGUGGUAGCGCCAUGCCAGCUCGACACGCCUCUGUGUCAUUGUCAGUGCUGUCGGCCGGCUAGAUCCACGCCACAAUUAAUAAGGCAAAGCACUGCUAUCUCUUUGGAGGUUUGUGCUGCAGGCUCGGUGUGUGCGUGCGUGUGUGUGUGUCGUUGUCCGCCAUCAAUGAGGUGAAUGUCACUGUGUGUUGUUUUUAGUCAGAAGCAGAGGGAUGACAGGAAUGUUAAAGAGCAUGCUCCAGCUGUGUUUGAUAUUGUCUGUUAAGAGAGGGAAAGGACAUGACUCUGCGAUCCAUCAUAGAGUUACAUCAUCGCGGUUAGACUUCAGAUUCUUCUCAGCAGUGUGGUCCUGUCUGUUAUAUAUGUCACUAUCUGUGAAAGAAGCAUAGCAGAGGCGACUCAGGUCGUCGCUAAGGAGACUGCUUCUUUUGUUGGCCACUGACGUCUGGUGAGGCUCACACGUCACUAUUGUUUAUUUUUGUGGGCGACUUAUCACCUUGUCUUGAAACGCCGGGCCUCUAUGCUGCAAACUGUCGUCAACAUAACUGUAAAUAGUACUGGUUGGAAAAAAGAAAACAAAUUAUAAUGCACUCACGUUUGUCUGACCUUAUUUAUUUAAGCUGAAUUAGGGGAGCGAACGACGCACACGAUGACGAAACGCUGCCUAAACAGCAUGGAUGAGCAUCUUGGGUCACACCUGACAUGCCCGCUUAGGCUACAAGGUUGUUUUUAACUCUAAAAAAAGGUUUACUAACCAAUAAAAGGACACAUGAAGAUGGAAAAUGUAGAGUAAUAAAUUGUAACACAAUUUUAAAUAAAGUUAUAUAUUGGAGAUGAUGAUGGUGAUUUAUG